GCGGCAGAAGCACAGUUCAGUCCAGCGCAGGCAGCAGCAAGCGGCAGGCACCUUCGCGUUUACCUUUAUUUCGUUUUCUAAAUAGUCCCCUUUCAGCUUCGCGAUACCGCCCCCAAUUUCAGCGUCGGUACGGAGCCGUCAGGCCGGGACAGAGACGGAGAGAGAGGCCUCGGCCAUGGAAGCCCUCGGACCUGGGCCGCCCGCCCCGACCUCUCUAUUCCAGCCUCCUCGACGUCCCGGCCUGGGCACGGUGGGAAAACCCAUCCGGCUCCUCGCAAACCACUUCCAGGUCCAGAUCCCAAAGAUCGACGUGUACCACUAUGACAUCGACAUCAAACCUGAGAAACGCCCAAGGAGGGUCAACAGGGAGGUGGUGGACACUAUGGUGCGGCACUUUAAGAUGCAGAUCUUUGGGGAUCGACAGCCUGGAUACGACGGGAAGAGGAACAUGUACACAGCCCACCCCCUGCCUAUAGGGCGGGACAGGGUGGACUUGGAAGUGACUCUUCCUGGAGAGGGGAAGGACCAGACGUUUAAAGUGUCCUUGCAGUGGGUGUCUGUAGUUUCACUGCAGAUGCUGCUGGAGGCGCUGUCAGGCCACUUGAAUGAGGUCCCGGAGGAUUCAGUUCAGGCUCUAGAUGUGAUCACACGACACCUUCCUUCUAUGAGAUACACUCCUGUGGGCCGAUCGUUCUUCUCUCCUCCUGAAGGCUACUACCAUCCACUAGGGGGCGGCAGAGAGGUGUGGUUCGGGUUCCAUCAGUCAGUCCGUCCUGCCAUGUGGAAUAUGAUGCUCAACAUUGAUGUUUCAGCCACUGCGUUUUACCGUGCCCAACCUGUUAUUGAGUUCAUGUGCGAAGUAUUGGACAUCCAGAAUAUAAACGAACAGACUAAACCCCUCACCGACUCCCAACGCGUCAAAUUCACAAAGGAAAUACGAGGUCUGAAAGUGGAGGUCACACACUGCGGUCAGAUGAAGAGGAAGUAUCGAGUUUGCAAUGUAACACGACGCCCAGCCAGCCACCAGACAUUUCCCUUGCAGUUGGAGAAUGGACAGGCGAUGGAGUGCACCGUCGCACAGUAUUUUAAACAGAAGUACAACCUGCAGCUCAAAUACCCACAUUUACCCUGUCUACAAGUGGGACAGGAACAGAAGCACACUUACCUCCCCCUAGAGGUCUGUAACAUAGUGGCAGGCCAGCGCUGUAUAAAGAAACUGACCGAUAACCAAACCUCAACAAUGAUCAAAGCCACAGCUCGAUCUGCCCCCGACCGGCAAGAGGAGAUCAGCCGACUGGUCAAAAGUAACAGUAUGGUUGGGGGUCCGGACCCGUACCUGAAAGAGUUUGGUAUUGUGGUUCAUAACGAUAUGACAGAAGUGACGGGCCGUGUCCUCCCCGCACCCAUGCUGCAGUAUGGGGGGAGGGUGAGUACUGACUCUGGGCGGGACUGUGGCAGGGGUCUCUGUCCACAGAACAAAACUGUAGCGACUCCAAACCAGGGCGUGUGGGACAUGAGAGGGAAGCAGUUCUAUGCGGGCAUCGAGAUCAAGGUGUGGGCUGUGGCCUGCUUCGCCCCUCAGAAACAGUGCAGAGAAGACCUGCUCAAGAGUUUCACAGACCAGCUAAGAAAGAUCUCAAAGGAUGCUGGGAUGCCGAUCCAGGGCCAGCCGUGUUUCUGUAAAUAUGCCCAGGGAGCAGACAGCGUGGAGCCAAUGUUCAAACACCUCAAGAUGUCCUAUGUGGGUCUGCAGCUCAUAGUGGUCAUUCUGCCUGGGAAAACGCCUGUGUAUGCUGAGGUGAAGCGUGUUGGAGACACUCUGUUGGGGAUGGCCACUCAGUGUGUCCAGGUGAAGAAUGUGGUGAAGACGUCUCCUCAGACUCUGUCCAACCUCUGUCUCAAAAUCAACGCCAAACUCGGAGGAAUCAACAACGUCCUGGUCCCACAUCAGAGACCGUCAGUGUUCCAGCAGCCUGUGAUCUUCCUGGGGGCAGACGUCACACACCCUCCUGCUGGUGACGGGAAGAAGCCUUCGAUCGCAGCUGUGGUCGGGAGCAUGGAUGGGCAUCCGAGUCGAUACUGCGCCACCGUCCGAGUCCAGACCUCCCGACAGGACAUGUCUGGGGUAAAUGCUCCCAGUGCGGAGCAGCUGUUCAGUCAGGAGGUGAUCCAGGACCUGACCAACAUGGUGCGAGAGCUGCUCAUCCAGUUUUACAAAUCCACUCGAUUCAAACCAACGAGAAUCAUCUACUACAGAGGAGGCGUGUCCGAGGGGCAGAUGAAACAGGUUGCGUGGCCAGAGCUCAUUGCCAUCAGAAAAGCCUGCAUCAGUUUAGAGGAGGAUUAUCGACCAGGGAUCACCUACAUCGUGGUUCAGAAGAGGCACCACACGAGACUCUUCUGCUCUGACAAGGCCGAGAGGGUUGGGAAGAGUGGAAAUGUCCCAGCGGGAACAACAGUGGACAGCACCAUCACACAUCCAUCUGAGUUUGACUUCUAUCUGUGCAGUCAUGCAGGCAUCCAGGGCACGAGUCGUCCCUCUCACUACCACGUGCUGUGGGAUGAUAACUGUUUUACUGCAGAUGAGCUGCAGCUCCUCACGUACCAGCUGUGCCACACAUACGUGCGAUGCACGCGCUCAGUGUCCAUCCCUGCGCCCGCCUACUACGCCCGCCUCGUGGCAUUCAGGGCCCGCUACCACCUCGUCGACAAGGACCACGACAGUGCGGAGGGGAGCCAUGUGUCUGGACAGAGUAACGGUCGGGACCCUCAGGCCUUGGCCAAAGCUGUUCAGAUCCACUACGACACCCAACACACCAUGUACUUCGCCUGAUCUCCCCCUCUCUCGUCUCUCUCCCUCUUUCUAUGGACUCUUCUUUUACUUACCUGUUUUUUCCUCCCCCUCUCUUUUUCAAUAAUUUCCUUUCAAUCCUUUUGCGGCUUUCGAACAAUCUCCAACCAGCGUUCUUAAAAAUCCGCCGCACUUUUAUCCUUAACUUUUUGUCAAACCAGCAAUCAAGCACUGCGAAGCCUGAAUAUACACAUCUAUAAAUAUAUAUAAAUAUAUAUACAUGGUUUCCAAUGCACAAAUCAACACAACUUUUAUUUACAAUCGAGCCAUUUAAUUAUAUUUUUUUCUAUUUGAAUGUCUGCACUCUUAAGUUUUGUAAGUUUUAUUUUUAGCGGCUUCACAGCUCGCCCAAGCUAAACCAGGACUUCUCUCACUUACCUCAAAUGCUCUGAAACGGGGCAGAAAUCUAACAAGUUUUAUCGGGUUGUAAGUUGGCGGGGUGGUAGUGGGCAGGGAUUUUAAAACGAUAUAUUUUUUCCUUUUUAAUGGUGUUUUAACUUCAAUAUUGACAAGCGAGGUGAACUUGGGUUUUCACGCCCGACAUGCUAGCUCCUUUAGCCUAUUUUAACCCUCUUCGUCGUGAGAUUGACAGUUUAAUGUGUGCGUCGUUAUCAUUGUAAAUAAGGCAUCAUAUAUCCACGCACUGCUGUAUUCGAAUGGUUGUGUAGAGUUGUUUUUUUUUUCUUCAUGGCAGGCCACUGAAUUGUAAAAAAAAAAAAAAAAUAUUGGAUUUUUGGAGGCGAUAGAACUGCUGUAAAUGAGUUUUCCUUUUAUAAAAUCACACAUACAACUACAAUACAGUAUAGCAUAUAUUCUAUUAAACGUAUGAGCUUUUGGACUCGGUUGGCGCGGUUUGGUGUAGCGACCCAUUUGGCAAAUUUUGGCUAAUAUUUUGGGAAAUUUAAACUUUUUGUUUUUUAAAGUCAAAACACUGCACUGGCGAGCAGACAGAAGCAUCGACGACAAAGCCUAUUAUCGCUCCUGUCUGCCACUCCAAACGUGUAACUAUGCGCUAAUAUAUGAACGUAAACGGUUGCAAAUUAUCCCAAAAUUUUACAAAAUAUUAGACAAUUUACUUUUUUCCCACCAAGUUUUAUGAUAUGAUUCAGUUUUAUGUGGUGAUCACCCACACUUUGCUAUUACAGUGUUAAACCUCACAGGAGCAGCUAAUGCAUUAUUGAUUAUAAUUUGGUUUUGAGAUUUUCAACAAGAUUUAAAAUCGUGAAUAAUGCAUUGUUUCAAAAUUUGCAGCAUUAAAAUACAAAUAUUUUGGAUUUUGUAAAACUUGGCUGCUGUGGUGUAAUUUACCAUUUAAAUCUUGUUGGAAAAAUCUCCCUGAUAUUUACUUUUAACAUAAAAAAUUCCAAAAUCGAGGCUUUAGUUUGUUGAUAGUAAAAUAUCUUUUCAAUCCUAAUUUAAAGGGGAUAUAACUCAUUCCAAUUUAGUCAAAAUAAUUCUUGUCAAUAUCUCUUUAUUAAAGUUAGAUAAGAUGAAUUUGAAUACUGUUUUGUUUUAUAGCAGUUUUGGAAAAUCAAUGUUUAUCAUGUUAAUCAUGUAUAUUUAAGUACUUUUUUUUUUUUUUUAUCUCCCUUCAUAAACCUAUACACUGAACCAUACCAUUUUACUUGGUGGAAACUUUGCUUUACAAUUCAAAAUACAUUACUUUACAUUUUAAUAGCAUAUGGGCACAAAACCUAGCAUUUUCUCGGAACUUUUCAGAGCCACAACUCCUUUUCAAAUCACUUUUAAAAUGUAAACGCAUGUAUUUUGAAGUGAAAUAACGGGUCAUUUUGUGUAGCUAUCAGUGGUCUGCGUUGGGACCUAUAUAAAAUGCAUUAUGGUCUUAAAUAAACCCAACUUUUUCUUGUAUAAAGUUUUGGGCUUAAAUUCUUUGGACCUUAAACUUAUAUUUUACACCGCUGGAUGUUUGUUUAUUUAGUUGUAGACUUAAAAUUAGCAAAUUAUAGGUCUCUCUCUCUUUUUUGUUUUUGUUUUGUUGAUGCGAUUUCUGGUCAAUUCAUUGCACUGAACGCAAGAGGGCGCUAUUUAGACGGCAAAGCAGAGGGCACUCACAAUCUGUAACUUUAUGCAUUUAUACUUAACCAAUCAAGAAAGCAGAUUUGUAAAGGUUUUAAUAUAAUAAAAUGUUUUUGUGGUUUUAAAAUCCUGUUUAGAGAUAGUAGUUUACCAUUGAUGUUGUCUUGUUGUCAAUGUUAUAAUAUUGUGAUGACAUUUUACAAAAAGCCAGUUGGUUUUUAACGAUUGAAAAUUAUGUUUUUUGCAAGGUCGAAAAGUAGAGGGCUUUUAUUCGUUGGACAAAAUGGUCGUUGAAGUUAAAGAGCCUAUAUUAUGCUAUUUUCUGAUUAGUUUUAUUUUCUCAUCACAAGCAGACCUGGAGUUGUUUUGUUUCAUUCACACGUUUAACACAAACUCUGCAGAUUUAGGCUGAGUUCUUCUCUCUGACUUGACAUGGAGGAUUUCAGCCCUGGUUAACUUAAAAAUUACCACUACAUGACAAGGUGGAACAGAGCAUUUUGAGCUUUCGAGGUGAAGAUAGACUAAUAAUAAAGGGUUACUCUAAAGCAGGGGUGUCCAAACUUUUUUCAUAAAGGGCCACAUAUGUAAACACAGAUGAAGCAGAGGGCCGAUCAAGGGCCAUAGACUGGUGCUCAAUACAGGAAAUAAUUGAAAUAUGUGCAUAUUUAACACGUUAGAAUGGGCCAUCAGUCUUUAUUUCUGCUAAGAGCCUUAAAAUCACAGACGAAAUAUUAAAUAUUGGCUUUAUCAAGGUAGAUUUUCAAAAAACUUGCAGGAAAAAAAUAUUUUUUUAAUUGAUGCAAGGUAAUUUGAACGUGGAAGCCUGAGGGCCAAGAAAAAUUUGUCUGAGGGCCGCAUUUGGCCCCCGGGCCAUAGUUUGGACAUGCCUGCUCUAAAGUGUAAAUGAAACAAAACACAACUCCAGGUCUGUUUUUGAGGAGGGAACAACUUUAUGUCUAAAAGCUCACAACAGACAAUUUUGUAUAAUAUAGGACCUUUAAAUAUGCACUUUGUCACUUUUCUGGCAGGGGUCAGCCGUGUGCUUGUCCCGAUGGAGUUGAUAUUGCUUUUCCCGCAAUGUUCCACAGUAUGGCUUUGAACAGUUGAGAUAAGUUCAGAAGUCAGAUCUGCGUCAGUUGGAAUGAAUGUUUUUGAGGUAUUUUUAAGUAAAUAAAACGACUAUGAAUACAUGCCGGAUAGAUGUGUUUAAUGCCAUACUGUGGAACAUUAUAGAGACAACAAUAACCACUCCAGGCGGCAAAUCCCUUACACCAGAAAAGUGACACAGUGGAGCUUUAAAAUCGAAAAACAGCAUAGCACUCCAAAAGUCGCUAAAAUAGGUUGGGGACAAUCAGUAGAAAAAUGGUUGAUUGGAACAGUUUGAACAUGAAUUUUUAGACUUUUUAAAACGGUUUCUAUUGCUGUGUGUAUAAAUAUAACCAUGACCUUUAAGAGAUUUUAACUGGGGGAGUAUGUGGGGUACGGGUGGAUAUUUUUGUUUAUGUUGUAUCAAAACUGGAUGAACUAUUAUUAUAUAUAACUCUUAUACAAAUGAUCUUACAAAUCUUUCAAUAUGCAGUAUAUUCCUUCUCACAAAUGCAAGCUGAAAGAGUUUUUGUAUUAAUUGCCAAACAGAUAAGCUUCUAACGUCUACCUGUACUUAACUAAGAAACAAGCUACUUUUUCCUAAGUCUUGGUUGAUUGACAAUAUUACAUAAAUUGAUUAGAUUUGCCAUUAUUUGGACGUUGAAUCCACUGCCAGUAAACCUGCAUUUUCAAACUUUGCAAAUAAUUUCUUUAUCAGUGAAUGUAUUGAUGAGAAAUAGUUCACAUUAUGCUAAAAGAAUAUUCCAUACCCAGUCAGUUAUAAUUUACAAAUUUGAUUACAAUGUUUCAAUUUCACAGUGCUAUUUCCACUAUUUUGCCAUAACAGACUUAAUCCCAUUUUUACAGCUACUAAAUGGCAUUAAAAUUCACUUAAAACUACAAUUCAGCUGUGUUACAUGGCAUUUUGCUCUUGAAAACGUAAAAUCAACUGUAAGAAAGUAUCCACAAGUCUCUCCCAUUCUUCCCCGCUGUAAAAAUCCUCCUUCUCACUUUCAAAUCUCUCUACUAUUUAACUGUAUUGUUCAUAUUUUUCACACUGGACUAAAUGGAUCGACUAAGCAUACGCACUGCCUAUGUUUCGGACCCCUAAACGUUGUCGAAAAGGUGGAUGUUUUUAAGGAUUUGUAAGACUUUGGUCAAAGAGAGGCUGAAACGGCCGCCGCCCACGCCUCAUCAGGGUAGCUCCGCCCGACUUAAAAACUUCUUUGUAAUAAACCGCCUAUGAAAUUCUAGGUUUAGUAUGAACAGGUUUGGGCACUGUCCUGGUGGGGGCGUGAGCGCAUGGCGGCUUUUAAAAAUGCUUUUAUUUGGACAGAAGAAAAUAAUUUGUCGUUUCGUUUCGUUUUUGUUUUGUUUUUAAAGGGGUCGACCAGGCAAUGCAUGCAAUAAGUUAUGUUAAAAGUGCACUAGUUUGAAUCAUUCACCUCAAAAGGGAAUGGUUUGGUCUAAGCUGAAUAAAAAGAAGCUGAUUUUCACAUUAAUGCAGUUCAGGUUUAAAAAAAAAAAAAAGACGUUUUAAAGCGUUUGGCGACAUCUAGUGGUGAAAAAGCAUAUUGAAGUUAUGGUUAUUCAGGUUUAAAAUGAUGAUUGGAGUGUUAAAACUUUCUCGGCAAUGUCAUGCACUUUUAUAAGAUUCUAAUGUAGUAAUUAUUCGUUUUUGGCGACAUCUGGUGGUGAAAUUGUGUAUUUUAACUAUGAACUGUCACAUCAUUGGACGUCAAAUCUUGGUUACCUGAAAGAGGAUGUUAACAUUUGGAGGAGAGACAAAAAUGGCGUUCUUUUUACACGAUUUAGAAAUGUACUAACAAGUAAAACAAAAUUUAAAUACAGUAGCAAUAUGAAAAGCUAAAAUUUGAGUCCAUUAAUUGACUUUUCUCUGUAAUCGGUGUGCUCUUUUUGACUCAUCCAGGCUCCUGUAGCAUCAUUAUACAGCGCAAUACAACUUCAAGUGAUUGUUGACGUGUUUAGUGUCUGAUUUGUUUAAUCCAAUUGCCAAAUAAGGAGGUUUUUUAAAGUGCGUAUAAGAAAUACGUUUUCUAUCUUAAAUGACGAGGAUUGGAUAGUGUAGUGGCACAUUUUUAAACACGCCAGUUUUCCAAAUGAUAAAUCUGGAACUGUAUGUAUUAAACCAUAAACAUUUGACAAUUUUUUAAACUUAAAUUGCAUUAUCGUGGACGAGGCUUCUCUUUCUCCAUUCAAAAAAACGAUUACUCCGUGUACCAUUUACGAAGCAAUAUCUCCCCACUUUUUCAAAUGUAUUAAAAGAAAGCUAUAAUUCUACUCAUUGUGAUCUAUUGUUGGUCUAUUCUCGCUAUUGUGUCUGUAAUAAUUUUUUUAUUUUGAUAUUUUCUUGUUUUAUUUUUAUUUGCUUGUAUCAAUCAGUGGGAAUGUGCAUUUUGGUGGACUAGUUCUGUAGCUUUUCAGUUCAUUGUAACAUAUUAUUGCUCGCAUGCAUGCCCAAGUAUCGUCAUUUUUGACCAAGGAUAAAAUCGAAAAAACAUUUUAAAAUCCAUAUUAUGAGAAAAUUAAUGUUUUGGAGUUUGUUUUUUUUGAAAAGGUGGAGUUUUUAAAUGUCUAAUGAAUUUAAACGUUUUAGCAUUUAGCAAUAUCUGUCCAAGUAUUUUAACCAAUUGUCUGAAAUUUUGAAGGUACAAACAAACCAGCGUCUAAUUUUAUUCCCGGAAAGGUGUGUUUUCGUCUUUUGCGCUCGGUUCUUGUCAAAACGAGGUACUUUUCUUCACUUUCGAACCCGUUAAAGACCAAAAUCGCCUUGCCGCCAUUGUGUUGACGCUAAAAGACCACUCUUGGCGGCCAUUUUAGGUCAAACGUUUGUACCUUCAAGCAGCUAACUUCUAAAACGGAGUUCACCUCUUUUUAACCUUUUUAAAAUCGUCCACAAAUCUCCCCAAAACGGCAUGAAUUGUUUUUAAAAUCCCCCCUCACUUUGAUAAUAUUUGUAAUUUGACAUUGUGUAUUGUGAAUUUUAAUUUUGAAUCCUUUUAUUUUUUGUUUCUUUUCGUUGGGUUUUUCCCGCUCUAGUGGUCUCUACGCUGUGUGUGGUUGUCUAAUAGCAAUAUAGUCUCACAAUGUCAGAAAGUCUAUCCAAAAUAUGAAACUUUCCGACUUUGUGAAUGGAGCGGAGUUCUUCCUGGUUGUUGGAAAAGGGGGUGGAGUUUGUAGUUUGGGCUCCUCCCCCUGCUGCAGAAGACCAUUCACGUGUUUUAUUGCUAUUCUGUGACAUGUCCAUAUAUUUUUUUUAGCCUGCAGGGAAUUCUUGUGUUAAUGUGCAAAGUAAUAAAUUGGUAUUUUAUGCCCAUAAA